UAAUCAAGCAAAAGUCAGCUGACGUUUUGUUUUAGCAGCAAUAACAACGAUGCCUCCCAGAAACAAUCACGAUCCGCUGUCCCCUGGCGAUUCGGACAAUACCAAUGUUCCAGAGGCUGAUCUCCAGGAGAUGGAGGAUGUCAAUCAGAGCCUUGAUGCUCUAAGUUGUGCCUUGGACGCUGUAGAGCAACGUACUGAAGACAUUUUGUCGCAGCUACGCGAGCUCCUCGACUCGAAUCGCGAAAUACGUCGUCAGCUGGCGCAGGAAAAUGACAGCGCUUCUGGUGAGCAGAGCGAGGAUGAUGAAAUGGACAGUCAGCAGGGUGACGAAAAUCCACCCAGCUCACAUAUCAAUUAAGCCCACAAUUUUGUUUC